AAGAAGCAAACGUGAGGGCCACCCGACUAGAAAGCGAAAGUAAAAAUUGAUCCAACUAGAAAGAAUAGAGGAAUAGAGAACAUGCCCGCCGACGACUCGCCCGCAAUUCUAGUGGCGCGCUUCUUGCGUGCCAACAACUACACCGAGUUGAUGCCUCACAGACGCUGGCCGCCUUUCUGGCAGAAGCAGGCCUGCCGCAGGAUGCGGGCGCGUGCUCGAGCAAGGCCCUGACCAUCGAGCAGGUCCUCCAGGAAAAGAAAGCGUACGACCUGAGCGUGAACUUUGAGAAGCUUGGGUCGGAGGACGAGGCGACUGCGGCGGCGAGAUGGACUGUGCCAGCGCCGUCCGUACCACAGGUCUUGACGCUACCCACGGCAACGAAUCUGCUGUGCGUGUCCGUGGCGCCGUUGCUGUUGUCGAACGAGACGGCGCAGCCGCAGCCAGUGCUGCUGGCCAGCACGGCGGACCGGCGAUUGAAUGUGCUGACGGCUGACGCGGAGGGGUUCGCGUUGGUGCACUCGUACUUGAACCUGCAGGACUCGCCGAUUCUGCAUCACAUCGUGGUCGGGAGGCGGUACGUGAUCUGCACCAGCAUGUCCGGCGCUGUCGUCGCGUUCGACAGCGUCGCUAGCAAGGUCGUCGACCGCCGCAGGGAUCAUGCAAAGUACGUUGUGCAGGUUGCGGCCUUCGAACGCGACGACGGCCGCGUUUGGCUCGCAACCGCCGGAUGGGAUGGAAAGGUCCUGCUGUACCUCGCGCAUGUCGCCGCCGAAGGCAACUUCAGCUUCGACGCCCCCAUCGCCAUCGCCCCGCAGCCAACCAAUCCCGAGGCGCUGUAUUUUGUACGUCGUCCGGACGACAACCAGCUUCAUCUUGUCGUCUCGCGGCGUGACUCUUCGUUUCUGUACUAUUAUGAGGUGAGUGAGCCGCCGUUGCCGACGACGACAGCGGAAGCAGCUGCCACGUCAGCGGCACCUACACCGGCAACGCUGCAGCCAGUCGGGCGACAAAACCUGGCGCCGCACUCCAAUGCCUGGGUUGCCUUCACGCCAGCGGCGAUAGCACCGCGGCCAGACGAUCCUACGCUCGUAGCCGUGGCCACGACAGCGGUGCCGCACAUGAAACUUAUCAUCGCGCGGCUUCUAUUCCCGACAGGACCGGAGCCUGCACGCCGCCUGAAUGCAGACCCGGCCGACUCGGCUGCGUUGUCGCGAGCAAGCCUGCUGGACGACGCGAGCGGGGCAAACGAGACGGCGGUGCAGCAAGCGCGCGCAGCGCUGGCGUUACAGGACCGCGAGGCGGCUGCCAUCGCGAUCCACUGUACGACAAUGGCGGCACAAACGCCAUACUCGACACCUACGCUUGCAUGGCGGCCGGAUGGGAGCGGCGUAUGGGUGAAUGGCGAUGACGGCGUCGUGCGGGGGAUCGAGGCCGCAACGGGGAAGGUAGUCUCGAACCUGGAAGGCCACGAGGCGGGCUCUAAGAUUAGGUGCUUGUGGGCGGGCUACAUUGCUGGGACUGUUACGGGGGUUGCAGAUGCCGAGAAGAAGGAAUGCUUGUUGAGUGGCGGGUUUGAUCAAAGGCUGAUUGCUUGGAGGUGACGUUGUGCCACUUUCCAAUGCACGUAUGCAGAAUAUGUGUACAGCAGCUGAUUACUACAUGAAACACCAGCUAUUGAAGGUCGACCGCGAUGUUGCGGUCCAACGCGCUCACAUCAACCGUCACCGGGGGCCUGCGGGCGCUUGCUUACCCAAGCCCAAGGGAAAGUACCUUGCUGACUUGAUACUCGGUCUAUAUGUCCGCAAAGCGAAAUAGAGAAAGAAAAACUCCCCAAUGCAGUUUAAUGAUAAAGCAGAGAUUUGCC